AAAUGAGUGAAAGAUCAAAAUAUCGUGACCGCAAAGGUACAAAGAGAGGAGCGAGUUUUGCAAAUAAACCAAGCAAGUCACGUCAUCGAUCGUUAAACAGAUUUGAAAUAGAGUCGCCGGAUCCCAAGAGCGUCGGCACGUCCGCUAAGAAGCUUAGGCUGUCUGAAAAUGCUCGUCAAGUUGAAGUAGAUGCAUUGUUCGGCUAUCGUUUGAUUAAUUUUGUGGCUGUGUUUUCUGCUUUUUCACAAGUUGUUGAGUGCAAAGUGUGCAAAUCGAACGUCACAUUUACUGAAAGUGGCAAACGUGGACUUGGUUUCAAGAUAGUUAUUUCUUGUGUCAACUGUGAGAAAACUGAAAUUUCUAAUAGUCCAUAUAUUAACCGAACAUAUGAAAUCAAUCGGAGAAUAGUCCUUGCCAUGCGAUUACUAGGAAUUGGUUUAUAUGGAUUCAAAAAGUUCUGUGCGUUCAUGGAACUGCCUCAGCCAAUUUUUCAUUCAUUCUAUGAUAAACUUAUUAAAACUAUUCAUGAUGCAACAGAAACUAUUUGUAAGGUUAGCAUGGCAAAAGCAGUAGAAAUAGAAAAAAAGAAUGUGCUGAAAAUGGAUUGGUAGUGUCAGGUGAUGGUUCUUGGAGGAAACGUGGAUUUUCAUCAUUAUUUGGUUUGGUGACAUUAGUAGGAUGGAGUACUGGAAAAGUGAUUGAUAUAAUUAUCAAAUCUAAAUAUUGCAAGGCUUACGAAUAUUGAGAAAAAAAAUCUGAUACUGCAGAAUAUGCUGAGUAGCUGGAAACAGAUGCAAACCAAUAACCACGAGGGGUCGACGGGUAAAAUGGAGGUCGACGCAGUUGUCGAAAUGUUUCAGCGUUCUGAAAGUUUAUAUGAAGUGAAAUACGGCAGAUACAUAGGUGACGGUGACUCUAAGACAUUCAAAGGUAUUUUAAAUGCUGAGCUUUACGAGAAUUUCACAAUACAAAAGAAGGAAUGCAUCGAUCACGUUCAGAAAAGAAUGGGAACUCGGCUAAGAAAUUUGAAAAAAGAAGUAAAAGGUCUUGGCGGGAAAGGAAAAUUGACAGGCAAGCUCAUUGAUGAGCUUUCAAUGUACUACGGCUUGGCCAUCCGCAGGAAUCAAAAUUCAAUAGAAAAGAUGAGAAAUGAAAUUUGGGCAACGUUGUACCACAAGCUGUCGACAAAUGAAAAGCCACAACACGACAAGUACCCGUCCAGUGAAAGUUCGUGGUGUUCGUGGUAAAAGGCAAAAGCCACCAAUACUUUAAAUACUUAUUCACACAAGCAAGCUCUUCUACAAACAGUUUUUAACGCCAUGAAGCUCAUCUACGAAGAGUUGAGCAGCGAUACCUUCUUACACGGUGUUUAGGUGGCUUCACACAGAACAGCAAUGAAAGCUUCAAUGCUACGGUUUGGUCAAUAGCCCCAAAAUCAACAUCAAGUGGGAAAACUGUCCUUGAUUUUGCAGGAAAUCUUGCUGUGUGUAUCUUCAACGAUGGAAGAAGCAGUAUUAUGCAAAUUAUGGCGGUUUUAGGCAUGACCAUAGGGCUAAAUUGUUAUAACUUCUGCGUUGAUGCGGACGACCGCCGCAUCGAGUUAUCCGACCGAUCGUUGACUGAAGCUGCAAGAACAUCUCGGCUUGCUUUAAAAUCAGACAGGAAGGAUGAAGAAGAGAAAAAUAUCAAUUUGGAAGGCUAAUUAUAUGGUGCAGGCAUUGCAGGUUAAAGGUAUAAUCAAAUUUUCUGCUAUAGAAUGUUAUUCAAAACUUUGAACACGUUUUUCUAAGAACUGCAUUUUUCUAAUUGGGCGAAAUGAUAACUCCUACAAAUCUUUAUCGAUUCUCUUGAACUUUUGAGGGUGACUUUUCAGAUACAUUAUCUAGUGGAUAGCGUACGGAUUUUGCAAUAAGUUAUAAACUUUCAUUUUUAUAAACAA